AUGGGACUUCAGGGCGGAAUGCAAUUUGACCCGAACUUCGCGUACGCACAGUCUAACAUGCCUUCAUACGAACCCUCCGGCCAGUGCAUCCCUGCCGUCGCUUCGUCUGACUACUACUCAGCCUACUCCGCGGAAUUGGGACUGGAGCCCAACUCAGGCAGGCAGGACCCCCGAAGCCUUCAAUCACGAUCCAGUUGCGGUUCGUCUGUUGCACACGCGGAAACCGACUGUACUCAAUUGGGUACCACUCCCACCACCGCCGCCGCCUACGUAUCACCAACCUCACCGAGGAUGAAGGAGAAGUCUAAGAACGCGGCACGAACCAGGCGAGAGAAGGAGAACACUGAAUUUUGUGAACUCGCCAAGUUGCUGCCUUUACCGGGCACUAUCACCGCGCAGUUAGACAAGGCCUCUGUCAUUCGACUCACUACGAGUUACCUCAAAAUACGUGCAAUCUAUCCGGAGGGUGAGUUACCACUUGGCCUGACCAUUGUUUACUCUUUAUUCACUUCCUAG